AUGUACAACAUCGCGCCACUGCUCAAGUUGUACCAGAGGUAUGUCAGUCACUACGAGCGGGCAUCACAGUGCUACUUCGAGAGCAAGGAGAAGGUGAAGGAGUUUGCGCUGUUUCUUGAGAAGGCUCAGAUGAAUCACGAGUCCUCCGUGCUGUCCCUUGACUCCUACCUCAUCAUGCCUGUCCAGCGGAUCCCAAGGUACAAGCUGCUGCUGGAGGAGAUCUUGAAGUACACCCCUGAGGACGCCGAAGAUUACGAGGACCUGCGAAGAGCGUUGAACUUGAUCUCAGAGCAGGCCGACCAGUGCAACGAAGCAACUCGCCGACGGGAGAACACGGAGAAGCUGCGCUCGAUUCAGAAGAAU